GGCCGCCCUUCGCGUCUUCAUCUCCUCGGCUUCCUGGGGUCCCCGCCGCCUCCGUGGUCGAGACCGAAGAUUUCACUGUAUAUAUUCCUUGGUUCUUGCUUCCUUGGGAAGCAUGAGUCUGUUGGAACUUGGGACAAGAAGAAAACAAGAUAUCUCUACAACAAAACCCAGACACUAAAAAGAGGUCCCAAACUCUGGAGAGCCAGGACACAAACAUGGCAGACAGUGGCUGCAGGGACCCUGUGGAAGACUCUCAAAAGGAUUUGGAAAACGAACCCUCAGUCAACUCUCAAGGACAGGGCAACACAGUCUCACCGAGUGACCCUGAAGAAACCCAGACUCUACCUCCUGCCUCUGAUCUCAAGAGCGACCCUCAUGAGGUAGGGGCCAAAGGUCAAGAGCAUGCAGACACAGGUGACAGAUCAGAGAGUUCAGAGGAGACGACUUCAGACAAGCGUUCGAUGGAUAAAGCAGAACCCAAGAGCAGCCCGAGCUCUCAGGACACAGAGCAGGGGCACCGCCCCCCCUCGGAACACCUGGGUGGAGAGGCCCUGCAUCUGGAUCCUCACUGCUCUCAAAGCAGCGAGGCGGAAAGAGGAGAUGCCCAGCUGGGGGGCAGUUCUGCAGCUGCCCCCAAGGGAGCAGGAGACGGACGGGAAGCUGCUCAGGAGCCACUUGCUGCAGACUCCACCGAUGCCCAGAGUUCUGCUUAUCCCAGUGCAGGCCCAGGGAGCCAGGGCCACGUGAGGAGACGACAGCCUAUGCCAGAGGAUGGAAGUCCUGAAGAAGAGAUGCAGUCAGUGAGGGAAAAGGAAGAAGCUGCACAGGAAAGACUGAGGAAGACAGACAGCAGGAGUCUCUGGAGCUAUGGUCCUAUGUUUCUCGGCCUCCUGAUUGUGGCUCUUGUGCUACAUUCCGUCAACAGUUACUAUUUCUCCCCGGUCCAGCAAGUGCCCCAGAACCCAGCUUUGGAGGCUUUCCUGGCUCAGUUUAGCCAGCUGAAGGAUAAAUUUCCAGGUCAGAGUUCCUUUCUGUGGCAGCGAGGAAGGAAGUUUCUCCAGAAGCACCUCAAUGCUUCAAACCCCACUGAGCCUGCCACCGUCAUCUUUACAGCUGCUCGAGAGGGACGGGAGACCCUCAAGUGUCUGAGCCACCAUGUUGCCAACGCCUACACAUCUUCCCAGAAAGUGUCAGCUGUCUCCAUAGACGGCGCUGAAAGAGCCCUGCAGGACAGUGACACCAUCAAGCUGUGGGUUGACUUGGAGCUUAGUAAUGGAUUUGAGAAUGGCCAUAAGGCUGCUGUAGUCCACCGCUUCGAAUCCCUUCCUGCAGGCUCCACCCUGAUCUUCUAUAAGUACUGUGACCAUGAGAAUGCGGCUUUUAAAGACGUGGCCCUCGUCCUGACCGUCCUGCUGGAGGAGGAGACAUUAGCAGCAAGCGUAGGCCCCAGGGAAACGGAAGAGAAAGUGAGGGAUUUACUCUGGGCUAAGUUCACCAACUCUGAAACUCCCAGCUCCUUCAGCCACAUGGACUCAGACAAACUGAGUGGGCUGUGGAGUCGCAUUUCCCACCUGGUGCUGCCCGUCCAGCCCGUCAAGAACAUAGAAGAGCAAGGCUGCCUUUUGUGAAGCCAGGCCCAGCCCAGCUCCGGUCCCCUGGGGGGAGGUGGUGAGUUAGCUUGUGGCAGGAAACAGCUGAGAAAAGGAGCUUUUCUUUUUUUUUCUUUUUACUUUUAUGAAAACUUUCUAGUCUAAACUUUGAUAAAGCCAACAAUUGGCCUGAUGGUUGGUUUUCUUUGCCUUUUUAAGCAAAUCAGGCCUAAAAUACAACAUGAAUCAUAACACUGAGGGAUUGUUUAAAUCCCCCUGGGCAGAAUCACUGCAUAGGAAGAUCUGAUUUUCAGAGGAACUGCAGCUGCCUUGGGAGGACUCCAAAGGGCCUCGGACUAAUAAUUCCAAUGAUUUCAGGGAACUCUUCUGCCACUUAUUAAGUAUUUUUAAGGUUUACUUUAAUAAUUUAGAGCCGGGCGAUGGUGGCGCACGCCUUUAAUCCCAGCACUCGGGAGGCAGAGGCAGGCGGAUCUCUGUGAGUUCAAAACAGCCUGGUCUACAGAGCAAGGUCCGGGCCAGGCUCCAAAGCCACAGAGAAACCCUGUCUCAAAAAACACACACAAAAAAAAACUUUAAUAAUUUAGUUGUGGAGUUGUAUCUUACACAGAUUUGCACUUUGAAUAGAUGAAAACAGGAAGGUAAAAUUACCCUCCAAAUCCUACCUAAAAACUUGGUUCAUGUCUGCUUUUAUUCCAUCAAUGAGCUAGGGGAAGACGGCUUUGUUAAAAGAAAGUGUUCCUGAGUUGGAAUCAAUGUAGUAAUUGGUAGGAGUCCCUGGAGGUGAGGAAAUCCCAACUGGCUGUAUCGUUUCUCUGUGCCCACCAGCAGCCCCUUGCUUCACAUCUCCGCUCUUGGCUUUUGUAUUUGGGGUUCUCUGUUAAGACUUCAGUGGAACUCAGUUUCACUGAUAAGGAAGUUUGAAAACCACUGAUGAAGUGAAAAGCAUAUUCUAAAGAUACAAACUUGGGUAGGAAGAGAUGAAAGCGGUAGAGCUUAGGAGUAGGGAGAUGAAGUGAGGUUGGUUGUAGAGGGUAGUAGAGACCUACAGAAGGCCUACUAUACUGUAGGCUGUAGAGACAUGGCCUCUGGCUGGUUCAUUCUGUUCAUUGCUUCUGCUGCCGAGGGCUGGAAUGUCACAACUGUCUGUGAUGAACGUUGAGUGCAUAACUUUACCAAUGGUAUUUACUGUGCUCUGGUGGGACGUCACAUUCGUUUCUUGACAGCUAGUUAGAAAUGCCAUUAGGGAAGGAAUUGGAGAAAUGCAAGAGGAUGUUCUACGUAGGGAAGAGAGAGAGAGUGGCCAACAGCACAUCCUGUGGCCCUGUGAUUGUUAGCCUGGGGCCAAUAGCUGCUGAUCCGCACACAAAGGCUAAAGUAAAACUCUAGUAAGAUAACCCCAUCCACAAAGGUCUGUUCCAUUACGUGGAUGGGAACAGCCCUGGAAUUUUGCACUAGGUUUUGGCUUGUCUGCUGCUAUGAGAUCAUGUAUAUAAUUAAGAAGUUAAGUUAUUGAGUGUGGAGGGAGUUUAGGGAACACUAAGAUGUCUAUCGAUAGUUAAAAGAUCACAAAGACCUGGGGUAGGGAGUGAGCUGAAAGUGUUUGCCACAGAAAAAUCAUAGACUGGCUUUGGGCGGAGCCUUUGCUGCACUAGGGUGGAGGAACACAGGAAGAAAUGGUACAUUUGCAAUUCUGAAGGACUCUUGUAAUAGAUUUGAGAAAAGACCUAAACCCAAAGUUUAAGCAUAGUAAAUGGAAUUUGAGUGUCGACCCAGUGUAGAACAGAGGGACUGGAGAAAAAUUUGUGUGACAUCAUUUGUUUUUUUCUGUAUUUCUAGACUUCUCUUUGUUUGUUUUGAAUGCUAGUGGCUUGUAUAGCCCUGGCUGGCCUGGUCCUCACUCUGGCCAAGGGGGACUUUGAAGUUAGAGUAAUUUCUCAUGCCUCAGUUCCCUGAAUGUUGGGGUUAUAGGUUUAUGCUGCCAUACCUGGCUUUAAUCUCAGCCCUUAUCCAAGUAUCACUUCACAGAAAACCAAGGGUGCCUUCAGAACUUCGUGUUGGCCUUUGACCUGCGCUAGCUACCUCAGGCUGCAGAGGAAGUGGUCUAAAGUGUUUGUACGCAGUCUGUGUCCAUGGCUCAGAUCACAGGUGGAACAAGUUUCUUCAUUUGGUUGAAUAUAGCUUUACGUAAUUUGCUGCCAACAUAAAUUUAGGAUAUAAUUCAUUUCUAAAAUUUAAUUAAUUUUAAUUGUUUUUACUGUUGACUUUAUUAAAAUACUUUUCAUUCUAUACAUUAGUGCAAUCAACUGAGACUUGUCAGUUUUCUAUCCACUAUUUCAAAACCCUUUUUUUAUUUAAUUUUUUUCAGUACUGGGGAUUGAAUCCAGGGCCUUGAUGUUCAAGAAAAGUGCUCUACCACUAAGCUACAUCCCCAGACCUCUUAAAAAUUAUUUUGAAAAGAGUAAUAUAUUUGUUUGGGCUCAAAACAAAGGAUUUUUUGUUUUUGAUACAGAGUCCAAACUACAUAGCCCAAACUAGUGAUUCUCAGGCCUUAGACUUCUAGCUUCUACAUGAUAGAAUUAUAGAAGUGUGCCACUACACUAGCUUCAUGUAAUUACUUUUUUAAACAAAAAUAUAUUUUAAGAUGUACAUAUAAUUAAAAUUUAACCUGAGCUGGGUGGUGGUGGCACACGCCUUUAAUCCCAGCACUCGGGAGGCAGAGGCAGGUGGAUCUUUGUGGGUUCGAGGCCAGCCUGUCUACAAGAGCUAUUCCAGGGCAGGCCUUAAAGCCACAGAGAAACCCUGUUUCAAAAGAAAAAAAAAGAAAAAAGGAAAAAAAUAUGAUGUACUGCCUUCUAGUGCAUUGUUCUUCACAUUUUUCUUUUUUGUGAUAAUUUGCUUGCCUUAGAAAAAUUAUUGGGCUGGAGAGAUGGCUCAGAGGUUAAGAGCAUUGCCUGCUCUUCCAAAGUUCCUGAGUUCAAUUCCCAGCAACCACAUGGUGACUCACAACCAUCUAUAAUAAAAUCUGGUACCCCUUCAUCUGUAAUAAAAUCUGGUACCCUCUUCUGGUGUGCCAGCAGAACACUGUAUACAUAGUAAAUAACUAAAUCUUUAAAAAAAAAAAAGAAAGAAAAAUUAUUUGCAGCUACAUGACAGAAAACGUCAUGUUUGAACGUCACAGUUUAAUACCACCAUAUAUACAUAUUUACACACACACACAUUAUUUGUUUUGGUGCGGGAGAAUUGUCUGUAUUCUGUCAAUCAUGUUAUAAAUAAAUGCUGAUUGGCCAGGCAGGAAAUACAGGUGGGAAAACCAGACAGGAAGCAAAAAUGAUGUAAGGAGAACAGGAGAAUUCUGGGAAGGAGGAAGCUGAUUCCUCCCACGCCUGCCCAGACCACCAAAGCAACAGGAUGUGAUCUACCCCACUGAAAAAAGGUACUCAGCCACAUGGCUAACAUAGAUCAGAAAAAUGGGUUAUCAAGAUGUGAGAGUUAGCCAGUGAGAGGCUAGAGCUAAUGGGCCAAUCAGUUUAUAAUUUAUGGAGACCUAUGUGUGAUUUUCUCUGGGGCUAAACAAUUGAGGGGGACCUGGUGGGAGGACAAAAACCCCAACAACAAACAAGCUAGGCCUGUCCAUGUUACAUUGUUUGUUUGUUUGUUUGUUUAAUGGGAAUCCUUUCUUGAGUAAUACCAAGAAGCAAGCAGGGUGAGAAUUAGAAACUGGACUUGGAUUUUUCCCUUUCAGGUAAAAAAAAGCUUUCAGAGAUUAACAAAGAAGUUCUAGAGAGUUGUUUCCACUGAAAUAAUUUUAGUAAAUUUUACCUGGAAGCCCUCAGGCGUAGGGUAGUGAGGCUCGGCCUGUGGCCCAAGAGCUGGCUGAUGAGAGAGCAUCGUCUCACAGCCUUUCUGCUGUUAGGCUGUGACCGACAGAUGUGGCCUGCGAAAGUGAGGGUACCACAGCAAGAUGACUUCACCAGCACACUUACUUCCUCUGUCUACCAAGAUUUCCUAACUGCCAAUUUUGCCUCUAUGCAUUUGCCAAUGUAAUGGCUUUGACAGUAUUGAUGUCAGACUUGCUCGUGCCUCCAUGUCUGCUUUUUGCAUAUGUUUCCAUAAUGAUGAUGUUGACUGUGCCUUAUUCAAUUUUUGGUUGAUACACAAAUAAACCUUAAUUUUUCC